AGUCUGUACGGGGCAGAGGGAGGGCAGCUCGGGCUGAGAUUUCAGGGUAGUUUCCCAGAGGAACCGGAUCCCAUCACAGCAGCGAACAGGCGGCCUUUCCCCUUUCCCCGCCCAGCAUGGGGGCAGCAGCCUCCUCUCCCCGGCCCCAGAGUGCCCCGGUUGGGGUGACCUGCAGGCUGGAGACAGCGAGCUGCUAGAGAUUUUAGGGCGGCCUGCUGGGGUACCGAGUCAGCGGCCUGUGCCCCGGUCCCCAUGAGGCCGGCAUCAUGCAGCAGUCACCGCAGAACUACGACUUCUUCAGCGAGGAGAACGGCACGAAAUGGAGAGGGCUGUUUGUACCUGCCCUGAGGAAGGUCCAGCGGCAGGUGCAUCCAACCCUCUCUGCUAAAGAAGAUUCCUUGUAUUAUAUAGAGGAGCUCAUCCUGCAGCUCCUGAACAAACUAUGCAUUGCCCAGCCGAGGACCGUGCAAGAUGUGGAGGAGAGGGUCCAGAAAACCUUUCCGCACCCGAUCGAUAAAUGGGCCAUCGCCGACGCGCAGUCCGCCAUAGAGAAGCGCAAGAGGAGGAAUCCUCUGCUCCUGCCUGUUGAUAAAAUACACCCGUCAUUAAAGGAAGUGCUCGGCUACAAGGUGGAUUACAAUGUAUCUCUUUACAUCGCGGCGGUAUUGGAAUAUAUCUCGGCGGAUAUUCUGAAACUCGCAGGAAAUUAUGUUUUUAACAUACGGCACUUGGAGAUCUCACAGCAGGACAUUAAAGUUUCUAUGUGUGCAGAUAAGGUCUUGAUGGACAUGUUUGACCAGGUUGAUGACAUUGGACUUGUCGCCCUCUGCGAUGAAGAGCCUACUUCAACCGGUGAACUGAAUUACUAUGAGUUGGUCCGGACUGAGCUUGCUGGGGAACGCCAGUACUUGCGCGAACUAAAUCUGAUCAUCAAAGUAUUUCGAGAAGCCUUCCUUUCCAACAGCAACCUAUUCUCGUCAUUAGACAUUGACAUCAUAUUCAGUAAUAUCUUGGACAUCCAUGAACUGACUGUGAAGCUUCUCGGUUUGAUUGAGGAUACCGUGGAAAUGACAGACGAAAGUAAUCCGCAUCCUUUGUUUGGAAGCUGCUUUGAAGAUCUGGCAGAGGAGCAGGCCUUUGACCCGUAUGAAACCCUGUCGCAAGAUAUCCUCGCUACCCAGUUCCAGGAACAUUUUAGUUCCUUGAUGGCCAAACCUGCGGUUGCUCUGUAUUUUCAGUCUAUAGCUGAGGGAUUUAAGGAAGCCGUCAAAUAUGUUCUCCCACGCCUGAUGCUGGUUCCAGUUUACCACUGUCUGCAUUACUUUGAGUUACUGGAGCAAUUACAGGAAUGCAGCAAAGACCAGGAAGAUGGAGAAUGUUUGAAACAAGCCAUCACUGCCCUCCUGAAUUUACGCUGUAGCAUGGAACGCAUCUACAACAAGCAUUCGCCACGCCGCAGACCUGGGGAACACACGUGGCGUCUGUAUAACAGACAGAUGCGCAGUAAGCACCUGGCCAUCAAAAAGAUGAAUGAGAUCCAGAAGAAUAUUGACGGGUGGGAGGGCAAAGACAUCGGCCAGUGCUGUAACGAGUUUAUCAUGGAAGGCUCGCUGACCAGGGUGGGCGCCAAGCACGAGCGUCACAUUUUCCUUUUCGACGGGCUCAUGAUUAGUUGCAAAACGAAUCACGGACAAUCCCGUAUCCCCGGGUACAGCUCAGCAGAAUAUCGACUAAAGGAGAAAUUCAUCAUGAGGAAGGUGCAUAUCAACGAUAAAGAAGACACAAGCGAUUGCAGGAAUGCCUUUGAGCUUCACUCCAAAGACGAAAACAGCAUUGUAUUUGUGGCAAAGACCGCCGAGGAGAAGAGCAAUUGGAUGGCGGCUCUGAUUUCACUGCAGUAUCGCAGCACGUUGGAUCGGAUGCUGGACUCUGUGCUGAUCCAGGAGGAGAACAAGCAGCCGUUACGGUUGCCCACUCCAGAACUUUAUCGAUUUGUUGAGGAAGACUCUGAGGAGAACAUUGUUUUUGAAGACAAUGUGCAAAGUAGAAGUGGGAUUCCCUUCAUCAAAGGGGGCACGGUGGUGAAACUGAUAGAGAGACUUACGUACCACAUGUAUGCAGAUCCUAACUUUGUGCGCACGUUCCUGACCACAUAUCGAUCUUUUUGUAAACCACAGGAGCUACUUAGCCUUCUCAUUGAAAGGUUUGAGAUCCCCGAUCCUGAGCCAACAGAAGCGGACAGGAUGGCCAUAGAGAAAGGAGAACAGCCCAUCAGCGCCAACCUUAAGAAGUUUCGCAAGGAAUAUGUUCAGCCGGUGCAACUCAGGGUAUUAAAUGUUUUCCGGCACUGGGUUGAACAUCACUUUUAUGAUUUUGAAAGAGAUGACGAGCUGCUCGACCGAUUAGAAACGUUUAUUUCAAGCGUUAGAGGAAAAUCAAUGAAGAAAUGGGUAGAUUCCAUAGCCAAAAUCAUCAGAAGGAAAAAGCAAGCCCAGGCAAAUGGCGUGAGCCACAAUAUCACUUUUGAGAGUCCGCCACCACCUAUAGAAUGGCACAUUAGCCGAGCUGGCAACGUUGAGACCUUUGACCUCAUGACCCUUCAUCCAAUAGAGAUUGCUCGGCAGCUGACGCUGAUAGAGUCCGACCUAUACAGGGCAGUCCAGCCAUCUGAGCUUGUGGGCAGCGUGUGGACUAAAGAAGACAAAGAAAUAAACUCUCCCAAUUUACUGAAGAUGAUCCGCCACACCACCAACCUCACACUGUGGUUUGAAAAAUGUCUUGUGGAGACAGAAAAUUUUGAGGAGCGAGUAGCUGUGUUCAGUCGAAUUAUUGAGAUCCUCCAGGUCUUCCAAGACUUGAAUAACUUCAAUGGAGUGUUGGAAAUAGUGAGUGCGGUGAACUCCGUUCCCGUGUACAGAUUGGAUCACACCUUUGAGGCGUUACAGGAGAGGAAAAAGAGAAUCCUUGACGAAGCUGUGGAACUGAGUCAAGAUCACUUUAAAAAAUAUUUGGCAAAACUGAAAUCCAUCAACCCACCAUGUGUGCCUUUUUUUGGAAUAUAUUUGACAAAUAUUCUAAAGACCGAAGAAGGUAAUCCAGACUUUCUGAAGAGAUGCGGGAAAGAACUCAUCAAUUUUAGCAAGAGAAGAAGAGUGGCUGAAAUCACGGGAGAGAUUCAGCAGUACCAAAAUCAGCCUUACUGUCUGCGGAUAGAACCAGAAAUUCGGAGGUUCUUUGAGAAUCUGAACCCGAUGGGGAACACGCCAGAGAAAGAGUUCUCCGACUAUUUAUUUAAUAAGUCGCUAGAGAUUGAGCCACGAGGCUGCAAGCAACCGCCCAGAUUUCCAAGAAAAACCACAUAUUCACUCAAGUCUCCAGGGAUCAGACCUAAUAGUGGGAGACAUCUGUCAUCUUCCAAUACUUUACGAGGUCACCCAACACCUCUGGAGAGAGAGCCUUACAAGAUCAGCUUCAGCCGGAUCACCGAAUCGGAGCAUGAAUCUACCACGUCUCCUCCUAUCUCUCCCAACACUCCUUCUACUCCUCCAGCAUCUGCCUCUUCUGAACUCAGUGUCUUCUUAGAUAAUGACCUCAACAUCUCAAACGGUAGCAACAGUAUUUUUGCUCCUGUGUUUUUGCCAAGUUCCAAGUCCUUUUUCAGUUCUUGCGGCAGUCUGCACAGGUUAAGCGAGGAACUUGUGCUUCCGCCUCCGUUGCCUCCGCGAAAGAAGUUUGACCAAGAUACAGCGAGCCUGUCUGGAAGUUCCAGAUUAGAUGAUGAACCACCAGCUAUUCCUCCCAGAUUACCGCCGCCUCCAAAGAUCCAGCCUCGUGUUCCUGCAUACACGGGGCCUUUUGAUGGACCUCUGCAUAGCCCGCCACCUCCCCCUCCAAGAGACCCCCUUCCCGACACCCCUCCUCCUGUACCCCAAAGGCCUCCAGAACAUUUUAUAAAUUGCCCCUUGAAUCUGCAGCCUCCGCCACUUGGACGAUUACAUCGAGACCAAGAUUGGUUCAGGGAGGUCUGCACCGCUCCAAACUCACCGAGUACUCCUCCCAGCACGCCGUCUCCCAGGUCCCUGCGCCGCUGCUGCGGACUUAGCACCAGUCACAACAGUCUCAUUCACAGCUCUGCUCCCCCCGUCCCUCCAAGGCAGAACUCGAGCCCACAGCUACCGAAACUGCCACCAAAGACUUACAAAAGGGAAUUCUCCCAGCCGCUUGGUCACAGACUAACAUUGCUGCAAAAUUCUGAAAGUCCACAUUGACCGCAACCAGAAUAGUCCUUGACACUGGAUAGGGAUCAGUGUGUUUCCUCUCUCCCCCCCCCC